GGCUGAGCGAAGGCCGCCAAUGCUUCAAGCGCGAAGCACCUUCAACAUGAAGAGGGAUUCAAUUCCCGACGUAGAGUCCCCUCACUCCCCCACGAGGCAUGGGAACGCAGGCGGGUUCAAGACGACCACCGACCUCAUGCGCGAUCCCAUAGGACCCCCCCUCGAUUAUUCCUUUCUCGAAAUCCGGGCGAUAGAGGAGCUUCGAGAAGUUCUUCCCAGGACAGGAUACCGCAAGCAGCCGCCAGAACUCGUAGAGGACGAACAAGGGCAGCAAGCUCCGAAUCCGAUCUAUGCUGACUGGGUGAAAGCGCCACAGGAGGACCUGCAGACAAACGCGAUUAAACUUGGAAACAACUACCUUACUGCGCUACCUCCGGUCUUCAACAUCAUCAUGAGGGAAGUCCUCGAGAAACCGAGGAACCUGAGCUGGAUAGAUCUCUCCUUCAACCAGCUAGAAGAAGUCCCUGCGGUGCUGGCAGCGUACGUGAAGCUAAGUGUCAUCUACCUGCAUGCAAAUAGAAUCAGGAAGUUGAGCUCUGCUUCUGCUCUCGCCGAACUGCCCAACUUGCGAUCCCUCACUCUCCACGGAAAUCCUUGCGAGCAGACCAAGAAUUACAAGAUGCUCGUCUACGGGAUGUUCAAGCAGAUCAAGAGCCUUGAUUUCUCCACCAUCACCGUCAUCGACAGGGAAAAAACCGCGUCCUUCUACGCAAGGUAUCUGAAGAUCAAGGAGGAGCGAAAAAGCAACAAGGACUGACGGGUGUAGGUUACUGCUGGAAUUUAAUUAAAAGAAGAAAA